AUGGAUCCUCGCUCCCAUCCGUCGCGACCUUCUUCGACGUCGCUGCCCCAGGGCUCGACUCCUCUAUCGAGCAUGCAAAUGCCGCAAUACCCAAUGCAGCCGCAGUACCCGGUUUCGCAACCCCAUACGCUUCCUCCAUUGCAGCCCCAUCAUAGCCAGUCGCCGACUCCAUACAUGGGCCAGUCCUAUCGUCCCGAUAUGGCGCGUUAUCCUGCCACUUCGGCUCACGAUGUCUACGCGACUGCUGCGCCCAUUGGACCUCACACUCCUGUGAGCAGCCUGCCACCAACUUCGUUCCUCGCCCACCCUGGCGGUCAACCUCAGGGUCAGCCCCCGCAAGGAUAUCAGUCUCCCCAGACCCUCUUGCCUCCCACGUCUGGAUCUCAGAGCUACCCUCAGCCAAUUGCGCCAGCUCCGCCUCGCGAUCGUCGUCCCGACUACGCGGCAAUGCCCUCUGGCGCCUUCAGUCACCCAGAAGGCAGAGCUCCUAUCUGGGCCGGCGCUGAUCCAAUGGCCGCUGCUAAUGGCCAGGCGCCUCUUCCUGACAACCGGGAACCUCCUCGUACUCAGGUUGUAGGAUCGCAGGGACGACGAGGCAUUCUUCCCAGUGUUCCCGGACGCGCUGCAGUCCCCAACGGUGCCAAUGGAACCGCUAGAAGCACCACGAUUCCGGCCAAGGAUGCCGACGGCAAGUUCCCUUGCCCUCAUUGUACCAAGACGUACCUCCACGCGAAGCAUCUUAAACGCCAUCUUUUGAGACACACCGGUGAUCGCCCCUACAUGUGUGUUCUCUGCAAAGAUACAUUCUCCCGAAGCGAUAUUUUGAAACGACACUUCCAAAAGUGCUCGUUACGCCGCGGUAACCCCACAGGAGCGAGCCAUCUCUCGCAUCCUCAGGCGCACCUGAAACGGUCUCAGGCCGCAGCUAAUGCUGCAAAAUCCGUUCAGGAAGAAGUCAGUAACUCCAUUCCGCCUUCCAAUGGUAUUGCGGGUACGACUUAUGGCGACGCGCACGUGAAUGGCCAUGGCCACACGCUGGCUCCGGCUGGCCGACCUGGUCUCACGGAGCAGCAGCCUCUGGGAUAUUCAAUGUCCUCUGCCCACGGGCUGAACAAUGGUCACGUUGGAGACGCGUUCAACCCUGCCCAGGCAGAUCACAGAGCUUCCUGGAUGGCUGCUCAGAAGCAGAGCCCGUACCUUGUCCACUCUUCUGGUUCUGCUGAAGGUCCUGGUGGCCAUCCGAAUAAUAUUGACCGUCAUUCAUUUGAACAGGCUAAACCUCCCUUGGUCGAUCCCAAGCGUCCUAUGAUGCCCGGUCAGCCCCAACAACAGCCUAACCACCCCGGUGAACUCGACUGGACUACCAUGUUCCAGCCCGGUGCUCCUGAAGGCUACAUGCACUCCGUCUUUCCACAGUCGAUGGCUCCUCAACAUGAGCCUAUCCACUCUCACGUCGACCCAGACCGUAAAUACUACCCGACUACGACCGCGGGACCUCAUCAGGAUGGCGGACUGAACGGACUUUACUUGGCUUCCACGAGUUUGAGCGGUGACGGAUCCGUCCAACCCGCUAGACAAUAG